AUGUAUAACAACAAUGCACAUUUUAGACAUUCUCCUUCUUGGACUAGCAAGAGCAUUUCUCCCCUGCUGGCAACUGUAAGAAAAGGAAGAUUGGAACUCUACUCCAGAAAAGUGUCUAUUUUCAUAAGUGAUCACAGUGUAAGUGAACCUCAAAGUGAAGAAAAUAAAAUUGAAGUUUAA